AUGAAACAUGAUCCCCAGCUCAGAACGGCGGUUGCAAACAUUCAAACCAUCAUCGACGGAGCGCCACUCGACUUGACAGAUGUGGACUGGACCACCUUCAAGAAGAUUAUCACCCAGGCCACUUGCGCGCUCGAUCAGGCACUGCAAGCGCCCAAAGCGUUGAACAGCCGCUUGAGCCAGCUGGGUUUGACCGUCGACAAUCUAGAAUCGGUAAUCAAAGAUCUACAUGGUUGUGCAAACCAGUUUGAUCUGAAGCCGGCACUUCUCGAGCUCCAAACCGUACUGGCAACAUGUCCCGCUCCGUCUGCGCAGCCUGCCACGGUGCCUGAGGCGCCACCGACGGACCUUGCAGCGGCCCUGGACAUGGUUGCCACACUGCAUGGCGCUAGCUGGGAUCGUCAAAAACUGCUAACCAACAUUGAUAGCAACCUCAAGCGCUUAGUGUGGGCGCACGUCCGGCACAGGAUGCCUUUUCCUUUGGCUGCGUUCUCUACAACACCUACAUGUUUUCGCAGACAGUACCUCCUGCUCAGUUGGCAACGGAUCAGGUGGUGGAAAGGUGUAGCUGGAACCCACGGGAGCAAGGGCGUGCAUGCGACUUUCCACAUCUUGCUGCUGAGGCGUGACAAGAUUGUACGCCUGGGCCUUGACUGCCGCUUUGCCGGCGAGAGCUCUUGCCAUCGAUAUGGUUAUGGCAUUUAUCAAGCCGAUCAUCCCGUCAAAGUAAGCAAGAAUAUUGAUACCCUUGUACGCAUCGAUGCCAGCCCUCCUCCCGGCACUCAUCCUGGAAUGACGGACAGGCGCACCUUUACACAAGCCCCGGAGACAAAAAGGUAUGACUCGGUCAUUGUUAAUGGACCUCGAGCAUUUCGUGAAGUUAUCAUUUUUGAAAAUGCUCAGAUCUAUCCAGAGCUGGUCAUCUACUAUACGGUCUAG